AUGCUAUCCGGCAUCAGACAGCUCGCAGUCCGCCGAGCAGGAUUCGCGCCCGGGUCCCAGGCCGCUGGAAACGUCGCCCGCCGCUCAUAUGUCAACGAAGGCGCCACAAGCAAAGGCGGACCGGGAGCGACCAAUGUCCGCGACUCACCAUCCAGCAGCGGCGAGGCCAGCGGUGUGAACGCCAGCCGUGGCCUUGACGGCGAGACACGUGAGAGCAAGUCGACAACCGCUCGCCCCGUCACAAACCCGGAAGAGUCAGGUCUAGGCGGCCAGGAGGAACCGCAGCCAUCGCAAGAGUACAUGAAGCGGCCGAAGGACGAGCCAGAUCACAUCAAGCGCCAGCAUGUCGAGGCGGAGGGACAGAAGCCGUUGGAUCCAGCUGAUGAUGGCUAUGGCAUCACGAGUAAGAAGUAG